AUGUUUGGCCAUUUAUUAAUAUUAUGUGUCGGAGCCACUCAAUGGCUGUCCUUCGGUCUUCAAGUGGAUGAGUCGACAGCCGAUCUGCCAGUUGUUGUUAAAGGAGUUGCAGGUCAGUCGGCAUCGUUGCCCUGUCAUAUAGAUCAGGCCCAGUGCGGUGAAGUAUACUUCCUGACCUGGACCAAACUGGAAAGGGAUGACCGAUGGUCCAGAAUCUAUAUCUUUGCCGACAAUGUGGAAAAACCGUUGCGUGAUCUGUCCGGUAGAGCCCGGUUUUCGCUACAGAAAACCGAAGCCCAGCUUUCCAUCAAUCAAUUAAAGAGCACCGAUGAGGCUCUCUAUAAGUGUGACGUAACAUAUGUUGGGGGAAAGUGUCCUUCACUGACAUUUGUUAGGCUCAACAUUAUAGUAAAACCAUCGAAAGCUUAUAUCGAGUACAAGAGCUCACAGCUCGAUAGCGGCCAAGAGAUUCGCGGACUGGAAGAUGAGUUCGUGAGGUUGGCCUGCAUUGUCAUCGGCGGCAAACCUAUGCCUGUCAUCAGUUGGCGUGCAAUAGAUAGCCAGGGAAACGCUAAACUUGUUGACGUAAAAAACUCGUCGGCCAUCGACGACAAUAUGACUCGUCUGGUAUUAACUAAACAAUUGUCGCGAAACGAUCUGAAGAGUCGAUACGAGUGUCACGUCCAACACGAGGCCAUCAGAAACAACUCAAUGGACUCACACGUCAUGAUUGAUGUCAGCGUUGGCGCAAAAACCAUCGAAAUAGUUGGUCCAAGAGAUGCAAUCAAAGAAGGAGAUAUAGCUCUAAUACAAUGCAUAGCAUACGGGAGUAAACCGGAGACACAAAUAGUCUGGAAAAAUGGAACUCAUAUCAUUGAUAAAGAAGUAAAAAGCGAAGUCGAGGCCAACAUCGAUGGUCUAACAGUUAAUACUCGAAGUUAUUUAGAGAUGAGAGUCACCCGAUUUGAUCACUUAAAUCAUAUUGAAUGUCAUGCAAUAAAUAAAGCGAUGAAAGAGCCGAUCAAUGAGUCGAUUGAAUUGAAAAUUCAAUAUCCUCCAAUUGUGGUAAUGGAGCCAAAACACGGUGUGAUAGUGAAUGAAAGUGUAGAUAUGGUCAACAUUUACUGUACAUUUUCAUCAAAUCCGCCCGAAUUGCUUGAAAAUGAGACCAAAUGGUUUAAAGACAGUCAAAUGUUGGAUAUAAUAGAGGAUAAUAGUAGUCAGCAUUUUGUGUCAUCACUGUCCGGAUACCCAAUACUUACGAUCGUAAAUCCCCAGCGAAACGAUUCCGGGGCUUAUUAUUGCAGUGUCUCUAAUGAGAUCGGCGUCGGAAAGCCCGCUGAGCCCAUACUAUUGAUUGUUUUAUAUCCGCCAAAAGUAAAUCUUGAAAUCUAUCCAAAUCCUGAACAGGGAUUUACCAUCAAAGAGGGCGAUGAUGUUCGCAUGAUUUGUGAUAUUAUUGAUGGCAAUCCACUCAACGCAUCAACUGUUAAGUGGCUUAAGAAUGGCCGCCAACUGGUCAGUGAAUUGAGCGGUGAGCGCACCAAUCAAAAAGAGAUUACAUGGCUUAGUGUUACCCGUACUAUAGCCGGCAAUUAUACUUGUCUGGCCGUAUCGGAGGCCGGACAAAGCGAACCGAGUAAUUCCAUCCAAAUUGACAUCAGUUAUCCUCCGAGCAAAGCCGUGAUUCGCCAAUUGAACGGAAUAUAUGCAGUGAAAGGACAUAAUUUGUCGCUCGAGUGCAUUGUCUCUGAUUUAGGAAAGCCUUCCAAUACUAUUGAAUAUCACUGGGAAAGUCCAGAUGGUGUGCCCUUUCAGACCAAAGAGUCAAUACUAGUGUUAACUGAUCUAAAACUGACAAAUAGUGGUAACAUUACUUGUGCUGCAGUUAAUGAAGUCGGCUUAGGAUCGAAAGGCGUAUUCCCGGUGACAAUGUUAGCGCCGCCGAAAAUCAUUGACCACUUGCCGUCGACUAUCGGUGUCGACGAAAACAAAAUCAACAAACAGCGGUCGUCAGAGGUGGUGACCGCCGAUACUUCCGACCACUCGCUGAGUGUCAACUGUAGGGUCGAGUGUUUUCCCAUUUGCCAACUAAGUUGGUAUAGAAACUCGCAACUAAUCGACAACUCGACCGACUUGUAUACCAUCAAAAACUCCAUACAUCCCGAGGAAGUGAUACUCAACCGGUGUGUUAGUGUUGUGUCGACACUGAUAUUCAAUUUGACAGCAAUGGCACCCAUCGACCGGAUCCGCGAUACGAAUGUCAUCUAUUCCUGUGUCAGCAGUGAUAACACUGUCGGCCAUUCAGUCAAAUCGCAGACAAAAUUCAUUGUCGAGUACCCGCCGGAAAAUCUGAGAGUACGUCCAAAGCGUGUGGAUGUCAUUGAAUACGACAUUCCUCCGGAGAUCUCCUGCGAAAGCGAUGCACUGCCUCUGGCAUCCUAUCGGUGGCUUUCAUCGUCCAAUUUAGACACCGUUAUUGCCGACAAACCAUUAUUAUCACUGAACACAUCCAUCCAACGUGAAAGGGCCGGCACAUACACGUGUGUGGCGUCCAAUCGUCACGGAGAAGACAAAAUCGAUCUCUUAAUUAACGUGUUGUACGCCCCGUCCUGUGUCUUAAGCGAGGGUCCCGUCAGUAGUGACGGCGAGAUUGAACUGAUAUGUGCCGUCACUUCAGCCAAUCCUAACAAUGAGCUUAUAUACAAUUGGUCUCUAAAUAACUCAUCACUAAAUGAAUCACUUAUUGAACGUUAUGUCAAAUAUGAAGGCCUUAAAUCCAAACUAAUUAUUCCCAUCAGCGAAGAGUCACUGUUUGGCAGUUGGAGCUGCUCUGUGGUCAACAGUAUCGGUCAAACUGAUCCCAAUUGCACCCUAUAUGUGACACCACCUACUCUAAUAUCUGAUGGAGUAUUGGGUGACGAGUCUGUGCUACUCAUAUCGACAAUAAUCAUAGCCAUAAUAAUUACAUUUAUUGUCAUAUUAUUUGUGUUGAUUUGUUUGAUGAGAAGGGGCCGUCAUAAGCAAGAAACGACUCGAGUUUCACAAACCAGAGAAAAUCCCGAUGGUAGCCGAUCUCCCACUCCCUCAUCACUGAGCAGUCAUUUAUCAUCAAAUCAAGUUAUAACAUAUAAAAAGGUCGAAAUGAAUCCCAGAUUGAAACGAAACGACAAAGUGAUGGAUAUCUCGCGGAAUGAAUCUCUGGGUAACCGAAAGACAUCCAUAGACAAUGAAAACGACACAAACCCGGAGUCACCCAAUAGGGAAAUGUAUGAAAAUAUGGCUUUUCAGMGAAAGUGUCUGCAAUAUAUGCCUAAAUACCAAUACAACGAAAAUAUCGCUCAAAUAACGCGAGAGUUGCGUAGAACCCAAUCAGCCAGAUAUCAGACCUCCAGUGCCAAUAUAUACAGCAUUUAUGAGCGCAAUGUGGUCUACGCUGACCUACAGCUUACCAGUGAUGACGAUAAUGUAAUGAACAGUCCAUACAACGGUUGUCACACCAAAAUCAAUGGCAAUCAGCAUCAGMUUCAGGAAAAUCACUCGCGAAGAAUGCUUAAUAGCCGUCAAAGCAAUUAUAGCACUCUUAACAGUCAUCAUAACAGUCAUAAUAAUCACAAUAAUAAGAGUCAUAUUAAUAGUAAUCAUCACAAUAGUAAUGGCAAUAAUAAUAAUCUGUGCGAAUAUGCUGUCCUCACGUUUGACAGUUCACCCUCUCCUCCGAGCAUUUGCUGACACCAGCCAUAAGUCAUAAUAAUGAAAAUCCUUUUUUUAUUAUUAUAUGCUAU